AUGAGUACAUUACCUCUCAUCGCUCGAGAAGAGACUCACCGUCGUCCAUACGGUCCUCGGUCGCGAAAUGGCUGUCUAACCUGUAAACGUCGCAAGGUUAGAUGCAACGAACGCAGACCUCGAUGUUAUCAUUGCCAGCGUUUGAACUUAGAAUGUGAUUGGAAAGCCCCCGAGCCGCAACGACAAUCCCCCUUGCAGAACGACGAUCCUUUCAAGUCAAACGUCUCUUUGGAGGUCAAUCAAAUGUCUCCUCCGCCCCAGCUCUUUGACUUCCAAUCCCUGAAUGCCCCCACAGAGGGUUUUCAUAUGUUCCAAAAUGUCUAUUUCCCAGACUUUGGUGAUUUUACCACCUUAGGAAACGCUUCCUAUGAGCAGGCGCGAUCUAGCGACGCAGAUUCCCCGAAUUCUCUCCCUCCGCGACAGUCACCGCAACAAUCUCCAGUCGCCAACCCGGAUGCUGAAAAUUCGCUACAUUUACAACUGCCACCAAUUCUUGACCCAGUUGAGAAUGGCCCGAGAUGUGCUUCUGCGCGGGAACUGCUUGAAACCAUGGCAACCUCUUCCACAAUGCUCCGCUCUUCAAUCGCGGCCUUUGAAGCUAUACAGUCCGGAAGUGCAGGGGGCACAGCGGACUACCAACAGUACUAUGAUAAUGCUGCGACAGAGUUGUCGCAGCGGUUUGAAAAAUCCAUGGGGGAAUUAAUAAUUAGUAGUGGUGAGCUCAGAUAUGUUCUGGCGACCAUCUUUUUCCUUACAUACAUAAAUUUCCUUACUGCGCGGCUGGAUCUAGCCUAUUUGAAUCUUGGAAAGGCGCAUGAUGCGCUACAAGCAGCAGAGAGGAGUGCUUUGGGCUCCACAGAGCUCCGAAUAAUCUCUUGGAUUCGUCUGUUGGACGCUCGCGCGGCAUCGGCUGGUGGGGAAGGGGUCUUGGUCAACGACACAUCUGGAAUCUAUACCUGUACCUCUCCCCAAAACACGACCUCCCCGAGCUCGACGCCACAAAGCAUGGGUUCUGCCCAUAAUCCCGGAGCGCACGAGGUGAUUUAUGAUCUGCUAUGCCAGCCUGGAAUUGCUUUCUUCAUGGAAGUCCAGACCAUCACCGGCCGCAUCACUAGAAUUGCUCAUAAUCAUCGUAGCCGAGGGAGCGUGGAGGACGAAACUGAAGUGAUGGCUAUCGCCGCUGAUAUUUUGGCGGACUUGUCAUCCUUGUAUGACCGGAGACCACCACUCACAGAUCAUGCUGUGGCUGGAAAUAUUGGUACUGAUACUCUGGCCGAGCCGCUCGCGUCCACUAUUGUUCGCUCGUUCCAGACAUAUCUUGCUAAUUUUUACGCCUGCUACAUUCACCUCCAUCGAGUUGCACACCGGCAUUUGGUUCGCUCUAAGGCGGCGGUUACAGCGCUGGCUAAAAUCAAGGAAAUAGUGCAUUGCAUGGUCAACAAUAAUGAAUCUAUACCGGUCAAUAUGCUGUGGCCGUUAUUUUUAUGGGGCACUGAAGAAGAUGACUAUGAGGAAUUUCAGUGGAUUCUUGAAACCAUUCGUGGUCUUCAGCAUGUCUUCACCAACGCGAACAUGACUGCCGACGUACUACAAGAGACCCAAAGGAGACAGCGUGAAGGAGGAAAGCGCGUGGACAUUCGUUCUGUGUGUUUGGAGCUAUUUUAUACCACAUUCGCUAUUGUUUGA